UUAUUUUUUUUGGUGGUAAAUAACAUGGCAUUUAUAUCGAAAACAAAUAGUGGCCUAAAAUUUCCCAUAUUUUACCCGGAUGAAUCAAUUGACUAUGCCCUCAGAUACGAACCCAAAAAUACCGAUAUUUUUGUGAUAACAUAUCCCAAGUGCGGCACCCAAUGGUGCCGACAAAUUGUUAGCCUGAUUGUUAACAACGGGGUCAGGUAUGCCAACGAUCGGCUAUUGGAUGUAUUGGAGUACAGUGGCCAAGAGUAUCGAUACGAUAAUUUAGUUAUCGACAGACUGACCACAAGCACCGUUGUGUCCACCCAUUUGCCCAUACAGUUGUUGCCGUACACAUGCGGGUCGGACACCAAAUAUAUAUGUGUAUUGCGUAAUCCCAAGGAUGUAGUAGUGGCCUAUUAUCAUCAACUGUGCGAUCAGUGUAUGUUUGCCGGUACUGUACACGAAUUUGUCGACCUAUGGCUCGAUGGUAGGGCACCGUAUGGCGACUAUUUUGAAUACUGUCGACUCUAUUGGCAACAACAGUAUGUUUGGCCAACAAAUAUGUUGUGCCUGAUCUACGAACAUAUGACCUACAAUUUGCGGCCGUAUAUAAUGAAAAUUGCCGAACUAUUGGGCGAUAGUUAUGUAAAUCGGUUGACCACUAGCGAGCCGGCACUGAUCGAUACGAUUAUCGAAAAGUCGACGACCGGUUAUAUUAGGCAUACACUGUCGGGUAUGCGUCUGAGGAAGAGUAUUGUCGGCCACUGGCGAACACAUCUCAACCAAACAGAUAGCUAUGCUAUCGAUAAAAAAGUUGACGAAGUCUGGACGGGAACCGGUUUGGAGCGACUGUGGGAACGGGAGAUGAAAUUUUUAUAGUUUGCUUAGACUAGACUAACACAAA